CGCGCACCCAGUAGUCCGCGCUUACACAGUAUGGCCGGCGAUAUUAGCUAGCACUCGCUCACGGUGUUCUCUGUAAAAGGGGAAGACGGUAAAAAUCAUUUAAAGCAUCCCAAGAAAUCAACACCCGGACUGCUCAAGGACUGUACCAAGAUCUCUAUAAGUUAUCUACCCAGCAAAAAGGACUUUAAUAAGCUAGACCCGAGCUAGGUUUAUUUUUUUUUAUUUUUUUUUCUGUUGUUGGUGUCUUGUUUGUCUCACGAUGGAGGACAACGGUGCACACUUCUUUGAGGGGACCGAGAAGCUGCUGGAGGUGUGGUUCUCCCGGCAGGACGAGACCAAAGGAACCGGGGACCUCCGCACCAUCCCGAGGUUUGAGUGGGACAAACUUCUGGAGAAUGUGCAUUGUUUGAUCAUAAGUGUGACAAAGACUGACAAGCAGGAAGCUUAUAUACUCAGUGAGAGUAGCAUGUUUGUCUCCAAGAGACGUUUCAUUUUGAAGACAUGUGGAACCACCCUCUUACUGCAAGCGCUGGUGCCCCUGCUGGAACUGGCGCGGGAAUAUUCCGGCUUCGACACCAUCGAGAACUUCUUCUACUCUCGUAAGAACUUCAUGAAGCCCACCCAUCAGGAGUUCCCUCACCGCAACUUUGAGGAGGAAGUGGAAUUUCUCAGCCAGAUUUUCCCGAAUGGAGCAGCAUACUGUAUGGGCCGUCUGAACUCCGACUGCUGGUACUUGUUUACUCUGGAGCUGCCAGAGUACUGGGAGAACAAGCAGGCGGACCAGACGCUUGAGGUUCUGAUGAGUGAUCUCGACCCAGCCGUGAUGGACCAGUUCUACAUGAAAGACGGUGUUUCCGCUAAUGAUGUCACUCGUAUGAGUGGAAUUCGUGACCUGAUUCCAGGUUCUGUGAUCGACGCCACAAUGUUCAACCCUUGUGGAUACUCCAUGAAUGGAAUGAAAACAGAUGGAACUUACUGGACAAUUCACAUCACCCCUGAACCAGAGUUCUCCUAUGUUAGUUUCGAAACUAACCUCUCCCAAACAUCCUACGAUGAUCUUGUCCGGAAAGUCGUGGAUGUCUUCAAGCCAGGGAAAUUUGUGACUACGCUUUUUGUUAAUCAGAGCUCCAAGUGUCGCGGUGUCUUCUCCUCUGCGCAGAAACUCGAGGGCUACCGGCGCCUCGACCGCCAGUUGGCCCACUUCAACGACUACAAUUUCGUCUUCACCAGUUAUGCCAGGAACCAGCAGCAGAGCCAACAGAGCUGAAGCACACCAAUGAAGAAGCGUAAAAAGAAAGCGGCCAGGCACGGGCGACCCGCUGCUGCCUGGCUGCAUCCUCUGUCGUUCUGCCGCUGCUGUUUGGAGUCUCGUUGCUGUAGCUGUAUCACGAGUUUAACCUGUAAGCAUUCUUGUACUGAAUACGUAGCUAUCUUGCAUGAAAGCUCUUGUUGUGUCUGUGUAGAUAUUCUAGCUCAUUCUUGCUGUGAUCCUGAAGUGCAUGUAGAGUUAUUAAGCAGGGUGUGUGCGAGGCGUGCUCCGCCCGCCAAACACGCACGCCGCUCCCUCCCAUUCCUGCAGGUGUCCCCCCUCAUCCUCCACAGACAGGGUUUCCGCCCCCACUAGACGAGGGCCCUGACAUGCUCAGAUCCAUCUCGUCCACUGUGUGGGUUAAGCUAACCUUGGCCUAGCAUACUCUCAAUUAGUUGGCUGUUCUAUUUCACAUUCCACACUUUUACACAAAUUACUGUUUAGUGACAGGUUGUUCUCUUGUGACUGAAUUUUAUUUUUUAUUUAUUUUAUAAAUAUAAUAAUAUUUCAGUUGCUGCUUCACACAGCAGUCUUUUUUUUUUUUUUUGAGUUUUGCACCCCUGGUUAAAAUAUUACAUUUAUAUUGUUAAGUGAGUAGAUGAUGAUCUACCUUUCAAAAAUAGGCAUAGUUUCAUUCAGAAAUUAAAGUAGAGUGGUGGUGCUUUUUUUUUUAGACACAAUGGAUAAACAUAUAUGUUUGGGAAAGAAAAAAAAAUAGAAAAAAGUAAGAACACAAAAACAAUAAGGGAUAUUUUUCACAAAAAUUAUGGCAAUGAUUUGAAAUAAUAUAAAGUGUAACUUUAUGCCUAUUACAAAUCUGAUCAUCUUUUACUCAAUUAACUAUUCACAGGAACAUAUAUAUUUUAACCAGAUGUGCCUAAACAAUAGCACACCACUGCAUAUAAUACAAUAUACAAAAUAUGUUGUAAUAAACAUAAAUACCAGGUACAAUUUACAAAACUGCACUUCACCUUUAAAAGUGCCCCACUAAGGCUUCUUUUUAUGCAGUUCUUUUUCUUUCCGUCCCUUUUUAUUCCGGUUGAAUGUAAAAGCCAUUGGGGGAACUAAAGCUGCAGCUCUGAAUGUUUCAAUGUAGAAGUGCUAAGAGAGGUCCUGAAAGCCCUGCGGCGAUGAAUGUAAGAAGACGUUACACGUGUGUGCUUGCGUUUUAGAACGUGUGAAUACAGCUCUGCCGUCCAUUGUUGCCCUCAUUGUUCAGGACCCCAGGGGCUGUCCAGUGCAGUGCCAGCUUGCUCUGUGAGCUGUGCGGGCUACCCCACGCUGAAUUGAAACAGUGGGACAGACACUUUGCUUAGUGCACCGAUCGCACAGCAAAGCAUUUUUCUUUUUCUAAACAAUGCGGUCACUCUCUCUGUACAGAAUUUGGUAACCACACAAUAGAUGCGCACGGAUCUGAGCAUGCCAGGGUUCUCCCGGAUCAUUCCACACUUAACAGUUGCAUAAAGUGCCGUUUUAUUAAUUUUAUUGUGCACCCACGGUUCAGACAGGGUUUCCCCCCCCCAAUGAAUCAGUCCAAAGUGUGACUCUAUUGUCAAACUUUUUUUUUUUUCCUCUUUUUCUUUUUCACUCCCUCUCUUUUUCUUUUUUGUUUCAGUCCUCUUUUGUCAAGCGAGGGAAAGAUCGUGUCCCUGUGCUGAAUGUGAAUAGUGCUGUAGAGGUGCACUUUGGCCGUCCUAUGUGUCCGCCUCAGCUUUUUUCUAUAAGUGUACAGUGCUUCGUCCUCUCUCCUCCCUCUCUCCAAGUAUUAGCCAGCAUUAAGGCCCCAGUUGGGAUGGUUAUGGAGUUUUUCGGGUUUUCCUUAUGUGUUCCUGAACGGUACAGUGUAAAACAAAUUGAGUUGAUUUGAUCUGAAAUUUUCUUUAAAUGACCGUGAAAUCUGUAGAUCAUAAUAUUGUGCGGUUUAGCUCUUAAACAUCCUGAUGGGGGCUUUAAAAAGCCUUUUGCUGACUGGUCAGGCUCAGGCUCGCAGGCUAUAUACUGAGUGUAGAUUAGAUGGCGGUUGAUGGUUUAUUGGGACUUUCCAGUUGUCUUAGGAAGCCUGGACUGUAUGGGGGGGGGGGGGGGGGGGGUUGUGUAAAGCCAUAUCAAUGAUUGUGAUGAUGGGUGCUGUAGUGGAUGCAGUUGUUGAGGAUGGUUCUUUCCUUGUUGUGGCACAUCUACCCAUCACUACGCCUCUCCAGCCAGAGAGCGCCAAAUGAGAAGGGGUAAUGCAGAUGGCAGCCAGAACGGGGAUAUAAGUGUUCUCUGAGUACUGAAGUUCUUCAGCCCUGGUUCUGUGUUCUUUUAUACCACGUGUUUGGAAAUAGUUUGGGCAUCUAGAAGUGCUGUUGCUAUUAUUGUUCCAGGGGUCAGCAAGACGGCCUCGGAUUUGAGCAGGUGGUAUAAAAAUUUCAGGAACGUCCCCAGGGCUACAGUCGUCAGUUCUGAAGUGACUGAAGUGUACCCGAUCUACAGCUCCUUUGAGUGUGUGGUCAGGAAAGUGGUUUUUAAAGUAAGCACGGCUUCCAGGUGGACCAUUUUGUUAAAGGAGGUUGCUCUGAAUAUGUACUGGAUAAAACUGAGAAUAGAGUGGUCUUAAGAGUUGAGUCUAUUCUGGCUGGAAAUUUGGGUAACAGGUGCUCCUACACGAGUGAUUUGGAGCUAGCUGCUUUUUGUUUUUUAAACAUAUAGCUUUUUUUCUUUUUUUUUGUAAAGGAUGCAUUUUUAUUCUGCGGACCAAUAACACAUUUUUUAUUUUCUCACUUUUGUCAUUUUUCUCAUACAUUUUUUGUAAAUUGGAUUUUUUUUCUCCAUUUUUUUUCUUUCUCUCCACCUCUUAAGGCAGCUGAGCUGCCUGUAAAGGUAGGGAGAUAGCAUUUGUAUGAGUAAAGCUAGGCUACUGGUGCUGCAGGACUGUGGUCUGGAUGCUGAGGGUGGGAAAGGGAAAACUUUGCUGAUCUAAUUCUCUUGCUAUUUCUUUGGUUGGUCAAGAUGUGCUAAAUAUAUCUGUACUCUUGAGCUUGAUGCUUUAAAUAAAAAAAAAUAAUUAAAUGUUGAA